AUGAUCUUCGCAGCCCGCCAACUUCAGGUGAACUGCCAGGAGAUGCGGACCCACCUGUACUCUACCUUCGUGGACCUGACGAAAGCCUUCGACACGGUGAAUCGUGAAGGACUGUGGAGGAUUAUGCAGGAAUUCGGCUGUCCGGAGCGAUUCACUCAGAUGGUGCGUCAGCUGCACGACGGUAUGUUGGCGCGAGUCACGGACAACGGAGCUGUCUCAGAGGCAUUCGCAGUGACCAACGGAGUGAAGCAGGGCUGUGUGCUGGCGCCUACCCUCUUCAGUCUCAUGUUCUCUGCCAUGCUGAUGGACGCCUACCGCGACGAACGCCCUGGAAUCCGCAUCGCCUACAGGACGGACGGUCGUCUCCUGAAUCAACGGCGCAUGAACUCCCAAUCGCGUGUAUCCACAGCCACCGUGCACGAACUCCUCUUCGCCGACGACUGCGCCCUGAACACCACCUCGGAAGAGGAGAUGCAACGGAGCAUGGACCUAUUCUCCGCCGCCUGCGAGAACUUCGGUCUGGUCAUUAACACGCAGAAGACGGUGGUGAUGCAUCAGCCGCCUCCCAACUCAGCCACAGUCCCCAACGCGCCGCCGCAAAUCAACGUCAAUGGGACUCAACUGCAAGUGGUAGAGAACUUCCCGCACCUGGGCAGCACGCUCUCCCGCAACACCAAGAUCGACGACGAAGUCGCCAACAGGAUCUCGAAAGCCAGUCAAGUCUUCGGUCGCCUCCAAAGCACAGUUUGGAAUCGUCAUGGUCUCCAACUGAGCACAAAGCUGAAGAUGUGCAAGGCCGUCAUCCUGCCGACGCUACUGUACGGAGCGCAGACCUGGACGGUGUACACGAGGCAGGCACGUCGACUAAACCACUUCCACCUCAGCUGUCUCCGCCGCGUACUGAGGCUGAACUGGCAGGACCGCAUCCCCGACACCGAAGUGCUGGAACGGACGGGAAUUCUGAGCAUCUACUCCAUGUUGAGACAAAUGCAGCUGCGCUGGAGCGGCCAUAUGGUGCGCAUGGACGACGAGCGACUACCCAAACGACUCUUCUACGGAGACGUCGCGACGGGUUCUCGUCGUCAAGGAGGCCAAAUUCGCCGGCGAUCGUGUCUCCUUCUUCAAGACUACUUCCUGGGACUCGGCUCUUCGCUUCUAUUGGCAAUACUCUGA